AUGUCUGUUGCCAGCAAACGCCGUUUCAUCACCAAUAAGGUACUUUUUUUCACUGACGAAAAUCAAAAUUAAAGUUCUGAUUUAGGUUGAAUCCGAGAUGUAUGUUCCUGUCGAAGGAGAUAUCAUUGCACAGGUUAAAGGAUCGCGAGGAAAUAAUUUACACGAAGUUCUCGAUCAGAAUAAUGAUAGUUAUGUUGUUUCGAUGCCUUCAAAGUUCAGAAAAGCGGUCUGGAUUCGUAGAGGCCAAUUCGUUGUUGUUAGAGCAAUUGAUGAAGGAGACAAAGUGAAAGGAGAAAUCGAGCAUGUUUUAGACGAGGAGAAUAUUCUAUACAUUCGCGAGUGUGAAAAAUGGCCAAAACUGUUUGAAGCAGAAGCUGAACAAAUGACAAGAGAAGCGAAAAGAGGAGGAAAAGCGAAUGAUCAAAUGAUCGAUGAUGAUAUGCUUCCACCAAGGUAAGCAGUUAUUAUUUUAGAAACAUGGAAAAUGUUUUGUUCUAUUGAGGUUGGGUUGUAGAACGUGUUAUUAUUGAAUUAAAAAUACGUGAGAAAUAAAAAACUAGGUCAAGUGACGUGGAUUUAAAAACAGUAUAGGUAGCCAUGUCGUCAGUUGCGAUGCGUGUGAGCGACACGUUUUUAGAAAUGAAAAUUUGGCAAAUUCAAUGGAAAAUAUCGAGGUCAACACGCAACGCAGAACCGCAUCGCGACUGACGACAUGGCUACCUAUACUGUUUUUAAAUCCACAUCACUUGACCUAGUUUUUUAUUUCUCACGUGUUUUUAAUUCAAUAAUAUGUUUAUAAUUCACGUAUUCAACAGUUUAACAUUUUAAAGAAUUUAAAUUUAUGUGUGACUGACCGAAAUUGAUGUUUGAUUUGAAAAAAAUCAUAACGCUAUGAAUUAUUCAUGCAAAAUGAAUAUCAAAAAUGGCCGAUUAUUGUUUGAGAGUUCUUUAUCAAUUGUUGUUUUCUCUUCUCUGAAAAUUGUACAUAUUGACCUUUUUUGCAAAAUCUAUGAUUCCUAAACCUCAUAAGAUCAGAAAUCAAAUCAUUUCAAAAACCGGUUUCCUCUAUUGUUAAUUUACAAAAAUGACGAAUUUUCCAGUGAUAGCGAAGAAGACGAAGAGGAAUAUGAAGAUGAAGAAGAAGAAGCAGAAGAAAAUAGUGAUGAAGAGGAGGACGAAUUCGAUACAUAUAACCCAAAUCGAAUGCAAGCACCACCCAAAAUAAUUUUUGUUUUUUAG